AUGAACCAGAUUGAUGAGUAUUGCAAUGAUGAAAAUGAGAAAAUCGCUGUUGGGAUGCCCCUAGUUUACCAUUUCCUUGAGAACAAUAAUGAUCCUAGUUUCAAGGUCGACAGCCUCCAAGAAUAUCAUGAUUGUGAACAAGAUGAUGAUGAGGAUGAUGAUGAUGAUGAUGAUCUUGAGGCCUCAAUUAUGGGAGAUGGGACCUCAACUCCUGCCGAGGUCAAACUCAAGAUAAAGAAAUCAUUGUUGGAAUUUCGAUGCAAGGUUGAGAAUGCCAUUCUUGGCAACUUUUUGUUAGGGGAACCCGAUAAGGAUGUUCCACCAGAAGAUGUGGCUGUGAUGAGGGAACAGCUUAGAGAGAUUGCUCUCUGGGGUGUCCCUUUGUUGCCCAGCAAGGCCCAUGAGGGCACUGAUGUUGUUUUGAGGAAAUUCUUGAAGGCCAAAGAUUUCAAGGUCAAUGAGGCCUUUGACAUGCUGCAGAAGACACUCAUAUGGCGACGCGAAAACAGCAUUGAUGGGAUCCUCGAGGAAGAUUUGGCUUCUGACUUUGGAAAUGCAGGAUUUUUGUGCAGUAAGGAUAGGGAGGGUCGUCCUGUUUCUUACGAAGUUUGUGGGGUUUUCAAAGACAGACGCGUCUACAAGAAGACCUUUGGAUCACGUAUCAGGAGUGACAAAUAUUUGAGGUGGAAAAUUCAACUUAUUGAAAAGGCUUUGAAGAAGCUAUGCUUUAGAGAAGGAGGGGUGGACUCCAUAAUUCAGGUUUUUGAUUUAAAGAACGCACCAAUGCAGGGAACCAAGGAGCUCAACUCGCUUACCAACAAAGCUCUGAUAUUGUUUCAGAAUUACUAUCCUGAGAUCAUUCACAAAAGUAUCGUAGUAUAUGCUCCAUUUUGGUUCUACACAUCCCAAGUGCUAUUCUCAAAGUUCAUGAGCCAGAGAAAUAAAAAGAAGUUCAUCUUAGCUAGGCCACAGAAUGUCACACAGACCCUUCUCAAGUUCAUAGCCCCGGAACACCUUCCAUGUGAAUAUGGUGGUCUCAAGAGGAACAAUGAUGAAGAUUUCUCCCCUUCUGAUAAGGUUUUAGAGCUUAAAAUCAAAGGAAAUACUGUUUCCAAAGUUGAAUUUCCGGUCACAGAGCUUGGAGUGACAAUAACGUGGGAUGUGACUGUUGUGGGAUGGGAUGUGUGCUACAAGGAAGAGUUCAUUCCAGAUGACGAAGGUUCAUACAGUGUAUUACUGCAAAACCAAAACGUAGAGGGUAGCAGCACUAGAAACUCCUUUUACAUCAGUGAACCUGGGAAGAUAGUGAUAACAGUGGAAAAUGGGACCUACAAGAAGAGGAAAAUGUUCUAUAGAUCUAAAGCUAGAACCACCGUUCCCAUGUUCAUCUUGUUGUAG